AACGGGUUGAAUUGAACUGGACGCGGUCGUUUGUGUAGGUACGAUAUUGGUGAAAGGUGAGCCAGAACAUGAUGACACUGCAAACGUCACACCAUCAACCGGACAGUUUUCUGUAAAUAUCAGACAUAAAUUCUUAUACCUCCAGCAUCUGUACUUGAGGAAGCUUAAACGCAGUAAAGACAAUUCGUCCACCUGACGUGGUUGCCUUGUGCUUUUACAAAAAGCACCGUUCUUCCUUUCACCAAGUGAAUGAUGCUUUCAGUGUCAGCUCUAAAGUAAACUUGUUUGCGAGAGUAAUCGUUUCGUUCUGGAUGCCACUAUAAAUUAGUUUCAAUUGAAUUCUCACCCUUUGUUUGGUUAACAGCUAGUGCUUUGAAACCCUAUAUUUUCAUUGAAAUGUCACAUAACUGCUGAAAGACAUCGUUGUACAGAAAGUGUAAAGAUUGACAAAUGAACCCUCGUAACUGUAGCAGAAAACAAGUGGGGAAGAUGAUGUAUUUAUGAGAGCAAAGGACAUUUGAUAUAACCAAUCCAGUAUUAAAUUUAAACUUGCUGAUUUUUACUGCAUAACGUGCCACCUCAUCGAAGUCUGAUAAAGUCAGCCAUCCAUUACGAUAAAUUGAUAAGGAAGAGAGCGUUGGAGGUGUAGUCAUCACCGUACCUUCAUCUACUUGACGGAACCACACUAGUAUUCCCAGCAAAAUGCGCCGUAACUUGCGAGUAUUAUUGAAGUACGCCCUAGUCGGAGGUUUCAUUCUUUUGUUUCUAACACUGAUCAUCCGCUCAUUCAAUCUGGUAGACAAGCAGAAUGACCUUCUAGACAACAGUGCUGGUUCACAGGAAGCUUUGGUUCAGCAUCAGAAACAAGGUUCUUUUUUUAAUGGACCAAAAAAAAAUGUUCAUCAGAAGCGCAUAGAUUGGCACGAUUAUUCGUUGAUUGACGCCGAACAGAAACGCAUGGGUGUUGGCGAGCACGGCAUUGCUGCGCAUUUGGAUAAAAAGGACGAAAUAAUGAAGGACAAGCUGUUUAAGAAAAAUGGGUUCAAUGCGGUUUUAAGUGAUUUGAUUUCCUUGAACCGUUCGUUGCCAGAUAUUAGACAUAAGGGUUGUAAGAAGAAAAAAUAUUUGAGUGAAUUACCGACGGUGAGCGUUGUGGUACCAUUUUAUAAUGAGCACUGGAGUACUCUGUUAAGGACCGCUUCCAGUGUGCUUCUGAGGUCGCCUCCCGAACUAAUCAGUGAAAUUAUUCUGGUAGACGAUUGCAGUACUAAAGAGUUUCUAAAAGAUCAACUAGAUAGGUACGUAGCGGAAAAUAUGCCCAAAGUGAAGGUGGUACACUUACCUGAACGAUCUGGAUUGAUCACAGCGAGAUUGGCUGGCGCAAAGGUGGCGACCGCUGAUGUGCUAAUAUUCCUGGAUUCUCAUACCGAGGCUAAUGUGAACUGGUUGCCACCGUUACUAGAGCCCAUCGCCGAGGAUUACAAAACUUGUGUUUGUCCAUUUAUCGAUGUAGUUGAUUGGGACACUUUCGAGUAUCGAGCACAGGAUGAAGGAGCGCGUGGUGCUUUUGAUUGGAAGUUUUUCUACAAGAGGUUACCUCUGCUGAAGAAAGAUUUGGAGAAUCCAACGGAACCAUUCGAAAGCCCCGUAAUGGCGGGAGGUUUGUUUGCUAUUAGCACACGAUUCUUCUGGGAGGUGGGAGGUUAUGACGAAGGACUGGAUAUUUGGGGCGGUGAGCAGUAUGAGUUAAGCUUUAAAAUCUGGCAGUGUGGCGGCCGAAUGUUUGACGCGCCAUGCUCUCGUGUUGGACACAUUUAUCGAGGAUAUGCUCCGUUUGGCAAUCCCAGGAAAAAGGAUUUCCUUUCACGGAAUUAUAAACGAGUGGCAGAGGUUUGGAUGGAUGAGUAUAAAGAGUUCUUGUAUAUGAGAGAUCGUAAGAAAUAUGAUAAUACAGAUGCUGGGGAUCUCACUAAACAAAGAGCAAUUCGCGAUAAGCUACAAUGUAAACCAUUCAAGUGGUUCAUGGAAAAUGUGGCGUUUGAUUUGAUGGAAAAAUAUCCACCAGUGGAGCCACCCGAUUUUGCCAACGGUGCCAUUCAAUCUGUUUCCAGCCCAUCACUAUGCGUUGACACACUGAGCCACGGGGAAAAGGAAACGAUCGGUCUGUUUUCAUGCGCUGCUGAUAAAGUCCAACCUCAAGCCAAUCAAUUCUUCCAAUUGUCAUGGCAUCGUGACUUGCGUAUUAAGUUUGGCGAACUCUGUUGGGACGUUUCGGAGAGCGUACCAAAUGCAAAGAUUCUACUGUUCCACUGUCAUGGUGGUCAGGGAAAUCAGAUGUGGCGAUACGAUAUUGAUAGCCAGAUGGUAAAACAGGGUAGGAACAAUCGAUGUCUCGAUAUGGAUGCGAGCAAGCGGGCCGUUUUCGUGAAUCAAUGCAACGUGGAUAAUCAAAAUCAGAAGUGGAACUGGGGAUAUGUUAAUGCGACAGCUAUUAGAAAUUGGGAAAGUUAUGGUGCAAAACUAAUUGACUGAAGAGGGCUAUUUUUUUGCUCUAAUUGCUAAUAUUCAUUUAGAGGAUUAGACUUGAAAAGCUUCACGUGAUGUUGCAGAAGACAACAUUGACCAAGAUUGAAAGAUCGACAUGAUUCAUCUGUUAUCAAUAAAGAAUGUGUGUGAUAAAUACAACAUCUUUCGUGGUUUCAAAUCACGAUUUCGAUAUCAAAAUAAAAAAAAGGUUCAAAUAAUUUCAACAUAGAUGCAACCUUGCCAUGUAAAUCAUUCUUUAUAUAACUUGGCAGUUACUGGUUUAAUAUGAUGUUCACGAUACAUAUCUAGUCUGUAAGAUUUUGUUGGUAAAAACUACAAGAUAAAAGAGUCAACAGGAGUGCAUUUAAAUUAUUCAGAAUGGCCAUUUCCCACAAACACCAACGAUAGAAACUCAUGUGAUGAGUGAAAGAACGUAACAUUAACGAUAAUCGAAGAUUUCUAAAUUAUCAAUGCAAAUGUAGGAGAAAAAUAAUAAACGAAUAUUUUCAAAAGAAAA